CAUCUAACUAGACUAAACUAGAAAACUAGACAUGAGUCUAGUUUUCGUCUGUGAUAUCAUUCUGAUAUCUGCCCUGUUUUAAAACGGAUUAGGCGUUCCUGAACCUGAACCCCAACUACCUGAACCAAUCCACAUUACAUCACGUGACGGACACGACGUGUUCGCCUGUCGGCCAUGCGACUGACACAAACCACAAACCCUCCCCUAGCUCAUUUUGUGCGCGCUUUUUGUGAGAACCGGUGACGGUGACAUGGGGGGUUGAAAUUUGUACCACUCCGUUUUAAACAGUAAUUAUUUCCAAAGUCACGUGUCGUGGCAAUGAUCGUGGUAACGGUGCCGCGAGAAGGACAAGCCCAUAUAAAAAUAUCUAUGGAUAAACCUGACUGAAAUCCUCGAAAUGCAAGGACAAAAACACAGGAACAUGAGCUCCUUAGGCAGCAUUACCAGUUAUGCCGACCCUGAACUGGAGGACCUCAUUGAGAAGCAAGAUAUCGUCAUCCUGCAACCAAAGGACGGUUGGGUCGCACCCGAUCCAAUUCCUGGUGAGUGGAGUUGGAAUGGAAAGACACUUGGCCUGACCAGAGAAACAUUCAGCUUGUCGUCGGACCUUCUUAGGACAUUAGAGUUUCCGACAGUGACAUUUGCAGGAUGCCCUUCCCUCGAAGCAAAGUCAUCGCGUGACUUUGCUAAUGCGGUGAAGAAAGUGUGCAAAGGCUGUACAAAAGUCACCAUAGUGCACAACAAAGACUUAGUUACAACAUUACUGCAUACGUUUCAGAGUGUAGUAGAGCUGGUGUUGCCUCAUAAUAUGAGGCUGCAGAGCUUUCUAUCAGAAGACAAACUUGCAAGUAAUCAUUCAGUGAAGCUUCUCAAGGGGGACAUGUGUGGCAUAGGAGGCAACCACCUGUUGUUGGACGAACCGACUGUACUGGGCAUUGUUUCCAAAUGUCAGCAGUUGGAGUACAUGGACAUAAACGUCGACGAACUGCUCGAGCUCGUCCCAUUCACCUUCAUCGACGUGGGAGAACGAAAUCCUGUUCUAACACUUCAACUCAACAAUUACAUUCUCGGGUCUUUCCGCCACCGCGUGACACUGGAAAACAUUGCCGUCAACUCUCACGUCAACAUUCACUCUCUAGAAAUGAUUCUAUCAUCUAACAAAUGCACGAGCAACCUAGAGAUCGUCACCGGCGACGAAAUCGUCGUAGCGAUGAUUCCUUGCUUCGAAAACGUGACGAACCUGUUCGUAAAAUUUAUCAACGGCACCUGCUCGUUCACGGUGUGUUUCCCGGAAGCCCUGAAGAAGUUUGAGCUUUCCUCACUCGAGCUCAGAAUCUUCACCGACGUUAAACUGUCCAAAAUAGCUCAACACUGCCGUCAACUGGAAUCUCUAUCGUUGAUCGACUGUUGGAUCGACGAUGAAAAAUUAAAGCCGGAGGCAUUUGAGAACCUCAGGGUGCUUGGUGUGGGAAACCAAAUAGCGUUUAGCUUGUUUGGCAAAGGUGGACUCUCGACAGUGAUGUUUGCUCGACUGAUUGAGCGUUGCUCAAGUUUAAACGAGUUGCAUGUAAGUGGACAAGAACUCUGUCGUAUUUUCUUGAAACAGAACUUUAAGAAGUCAAACUUGGUAAACCUGAAGAAACUUGUCUUGUGGACGAAACAAUCGCUCGCAGACUUAGGGGUCCUUGUGUCCGACCUGGAAGCUCUGAAGACGGACUUGGUCUCGUUGGAGUGUGUGGUAACAGACAGCUUCGACAUCAGACUGUUUUUCCAAGUGUACGCGCAAGACGUGAGGCUGAAAUGGUUGAGCUGCACGAGGUGUGUCGCAGAGUUUGCCGUUGUGAACGGCACCAUACUUGUUAGCAACAAGUUUUUUGCUGAUGUUUCAUAAGGGAUGGAUGUUAUGUUUGUUGCUGGUUAAUAUGUGUGUCUUGUGAUCUAGAACCUUAUGUGUGUGAACUGAUCUGAUGGGUUGAGCAGCAUCAGUAGAAUAGGCCUGGCUGAUUGAAAAUUAAUUGAAUGAUUGCAGGCAAAACACUUUGAUUCUAUUGGAAAGAUAAUUGUAAAAAUUCAUGCUCAGAAAAGGAAGAAAAGAUAUUCAUCAUGUAAGAAUGCUGAUAUGUACUCUGAACUCUCAGUGAUAAGUGAUGUCACAAGCGCUGUGCAGCACCCCAAACAGAACAAAACCUCAGGGGUGUUCCUGUGGAUAUCCUCUCACGGAAAUUCGGAUCUCCCUGGGAGACAUAUUUUUUCCGACGGACGUCUCCCACAUUUCCGAGUGGCCAAGGUUCGGACUUCCCACAUAUAUCCGUCGUUUGUCCUCAUAGGAUGUUACAUGGAGAUAUCUGGACAUUGCACGGACUUAGUUAUUUACGUCCACACGUUGUAUGGAUAUACAAACAUCCGUAGAGGAGAAAGACAUUGAUCCUCAGUUUUCAUGGAAAUCAGCAUUUUUCUGCUUGCCAUUUUGUUUAAUCCCCGCACCUUUCCUUUUUGUUUCUCGUACAUGCCAUGACGGAGAACCAACGCAGCGUUUUAAUGAGAAGAAAAUAUAUAUGAAAGCUCCGAGAAGACCACCCAUUCCCAGAAGCUGACUUCGAAAGGCAGUGCCAUUUCCUUCCAAAGAGAAAACAGAUACUAUAUACUGCUUGUCUCGCGAGCAUCCCCAUAUUCCAGACACCCUCUCGCCUGUGAAUCAAAAUGAUGGGUGAGUUGUCUAAGCUUAAUUCGAUUACGCACGCAUACAACAACGAAUUGAGAAAUUGAUCGGUGUAUCAAGACAACGUCUGUGUUUCUUACUGGCUUUGGUUGGAGACAUUCAGCUGGUACAUCGAAAGUCAAACUUCGCAGUGCUACAUCGCUCCCAGAUUUUCUCUCUAGCAAUAAAUGAUCCGUGUAACAUCCCGACAGGGCUUUAACUCGGACAAUUCUUGAAACAGCCGACAUCAUCUGGAUACAGAUCCUGGGACGUCCAUGUAGGAGGCUCCCAGUGAUAUCCGACGGAUAUAGAUGUCCGGAUAUGGACCUUGGGAUCUCCUUCGGACGUCCACAGGAGAAAGUGUUCUGUCUGGGACAGGGGUGAUUAAUUAUGUGUCCUCUAUGUCCGGGCCCAUUUUCACACGAAUUUCACUAGGAUCCCAACAUAAGGAAAAUCAUGAUGCGCUGGACGGUAACAAAGUUGACGUCUCCACCACAUGCUCAAAGCAGUUGCAAAGCUGCACUAAAGAUCCCAACACGAUUUCUGUGCAUACAGGCCCUAGCCCAGAUGUUGCUGCACGUGUUUGUGAUGACUGUGUGUGGAACAAUUGUAGCUGGUGCAUGCAAUCCAACUGUUUACGGAACAUAUGCCCUAUUUCACUUGAGUUUUCCUGUUGUGUCUUACUUAAUGAUCCCCCUUGUUCUAGUUGAACCACACUUUGCACUAUAUAUCUUGUACCUAGCCUGACU